UUGACAUGGAGAAAGCAUCGUGUGGUGUGGUUGUUGAUGUCGUACAGCGGGUGUUCUCUGGUAUCGUUUCGUAGCUUCUCCUAGUAAAUGCAGCAUGCAGUAGUGGGGCAAUAUGUUCAGUGCUUCAAGUAAUUUCCAAAACCCGUUCAGCUUAGACAGCGGCGUGUGCGCGUAGAGUACCGGCUGCACGUGGAAAAGCGUGUUGUGCACCGAGACGUGCUUUCACAGUUCUACUGAGACUCUUUUCAGCGACCCCGUCCAGCGUGCCCGGUAAGUGAAAAAUGGGUCGGCCAGCGCGCGGCCGUAAGCGGCGGGCAGCAGCGGCCACUCCGAAGCUGUCCAAGAAGGACAGAACGCAUUGGGUCAACUUUGGCGAAGACCACCCGGCCAACGAUCGGCCGUCGGAAAGCGAUCGCGUGGCCGUCGUUGUGCCGUCCGAGGCCGCAGCAGCCGAUUCUGUGGACGAAGAAAGCUCCCAGUCGGCGGCAGACUCCGGCAGCGAAAGUGGCGAUGCCGUGUGCCAACUGCUGGGCACCUUCAGUAACCGUCGAGCCGCCAGCUGUGAUGAAUCGACGGACACCGAAGAAGCGGGCAGUGACGAUCGGCCGCUGGAAGAUAAAGGUGACGACGACGACGACGCCGCCAGCAGUGUUGCCGAAGACGAGGAGCAGGAACAGGAACUUCCAGCACAAGAUGAUCCUUUCUCUGUGCACUUCGAGUGGAACAUUGAAGGGGAAAAGUUUCCCCUUGAAAAUGCUGAACGAACUCGCCAAGAACUGCAUUGGCCAGCAGUGGGACGACUUAGGGUCACAAAAACAAAGGAAAACACCAGAGAGGUAGCUCUCACACGAGCCUCGAGCAAGGAUAGCCUAUGGCUCAAGAGUUCCCUGGCUGUGCCUGAAAUGCUGACACCGCUUCAGAUGGAGCUGCUGUCUGUACUGAGCUCCUACAGGGAUCUACUUUUCACCGAGCGCACGUUUGCGAACGGCGAAGAAGUGCGUGCUGCCUACUGCCUGCACGCUCUCAACCAUGUGCUCAAGAGUCGGUCCCGCGUGCUGCACCACAAUGCACGCCUGCGUCGAGGUGCCAGCUCAGAGAUGCGAGACCAGGGACUGACACGGCCACGGGUGCUCUUUCUGUUGCCUUUCCGGGAGUCAGCUCUACGCACGGUGAAGCUCCUUGCCCAGCUGCUGCCUGCAAAAGAAGUGGGUCACAUGUCCCGGUUCCUGAAGGAGUUUGGCUGUGAGGAGGAGAAGCAGCGUUGGCUGGAGCGUCCCGAGGACUACGAGCAGACCUUUGCGGGCAACACUGAUGAUGCAUUCCGGCUGGGCCUCAGCGUGUCGGGCAAGAGUCUGCGGUUGUACCGAGACUUCUACGCCUCGGACAUCCUGGUGGCUUCGCCUUUGGGCUUGAGGACCGUGGUGGGUGCCGAGGGCGAGAAGGACCGCGACUUUGACUUCCUCUCUUCUCUCGAGCUGGUAGUGGUGGACCAGGCUGAUGUGCUACUCAUGCAGAAUUGGGAACACGUGGUGCACCUUUUCGAGCAUGUGAACCGGCAAGCUGUGGAACCGCAUGGGGCUGAUUUCUCCCGCGUGCGCCUUUGGUGGCUGCAUGGCUGGGCACGCCGCUUUCGCCAGACAGUGGUGCUGAGUGCCGUGGCCCAGGCACCCAUCUCAGCCUUGCUGAGCAGGCACGCCCAGAACUAUGCGGGCGUGGUGAGCACCGCCAACGUUGUGGAACCGGGCUCCAUUGCAGAGGUGACCGUUUCCCUGGCCCAAGUGUUCCAGCGGUUCCAGACGGCCUCUGUUGCCGACGUGCCCGAAGCACGUUUCCGCUUCUUCACGGAGAAGGUGCUGCCACCGCUGCUGCGAGAGGGCUCUCAGGGUUGCAUGGUGUAUGUACGCUCGUACUUCGACUUCGUCCGGCUGCGCAACCACCUGCGCUCGCUCGAUGCCAGCUUCUGCCAGAUCUGCGAGUACACGUCGGACGCCAAGGUGUCUCGAGCGCGAGGAGUCUUCUUCACCGGCCGACGGCGACUGAUGCUGUACACGGAGCGGUUCCACUUCUACCGCCGUUACCGAAUCAAGGGUGUGCAGCGCCUCGUCUUCUAUGAGCUUCCGACAUUGCCACAGUUCUACCCGGAGCUCUGUCGCAUGGUAGCCACUGGAAACAGCGGUUGCACCAGCCUCUUCUGCCGCCAGGACGCGCUGCCCCUGGCGGCCAUUGUGGGGAGUUCGCGUGCCGCGCGCAUGUUGCAUGCCGAACGCGACGUGCACGUGCUUGUGUCGGAAGGUCAGUGAGUUAUCGGUCAGUGGUGCAGUCGCCGAGGGGUCUCAUCAGACGAAUCGGAGGUGUCGAUGCCAGAGUCUGGUAGCUCGGAGCCAACAAGCUCAGCAAGCAUGCCGCUCAGCUGGUCCAGGAAGUUUGACACCCCGUCGUAGCCUGGAAAAGAAGCAAAGCCCAAUGACCCUCUUUAUACGGAUAUGGCAUAUGGUAUUUGCACGAUUC